AUGACACCCGCCGAGCUGCUCCAAGAAGAGAUCCUUCAAGCCGAAACUUCGGAUCCUCCUUCCCAGCUCAGAUCAAAACGCAGCCGCACAUCAACCAAUAAACGCAAGCGAGCCCGCUCAGCGACACCCAUCCCAUCCUCUGAACCUCCCAUUCCAGAGUCCUCUGAGCCCGAGAACGCAAGUGCUGCCUACGGACCUCCUCUCAAGAACAAAGUCCAAGCUCACCGCAACUUCGCCCGCAUUUCAAACGUAAUCAUCAACGACAUUACACAGCACAAACACGCAGGACCGUUCCAGAAGCCCGUCCGCGAAAAAGACGCCGAGGGUUAUACUUCUAUCAUCAAACGCCCACAAGACCUGAAGUCCAUCAAAGCAGCCAUCACCUAUGGGUCCCGCGCCAUCAAUGCCGCUACCGCUUCCCUAGACUCUCCAGCCACUACCCCCUCUGCCUCUACCUCUGCAUCUCUGGUUCUCCUCGACAAGACUGCAGAUCUUAUUCCUCCGAGGGCAAUAGUCAAUUCUAGUCAGCUUGAGAAGGAAAUCAUGAGGAUGUUUGCGAAUGCGGUCAUGUUCAAUCCUGGUAGCACUGAGGGUAUGGUGUUGGAUGCGAGGGAGAUGGCAGAUGAUGUAGAAGCCAAAGUCAGGGAUUGGAGGCAAGUUGAGGGUGCGGCGGCGAACGUACGUGCUGCGAACACUGAUAAAGAUGACGAGGAGGAUGGCGCUGUGGGUGGGGAUAAGAAGAGGAGGAAGGUGUAA